UGUAUGUAAGUAGUACUAGAAAGUAGAAACCCCCCAAAGCCCUGCCUCUCGUUGUUGUUUCUGUAUUAUCAUGCCCGGUUCUAAGUCCAAGGUACGCGGGAGAGGGCACUGGCGCCCGGCCGAGGACACCAAGCUGAAGGAACUCGUACGCCUUUACGGUCCUCAAAACUGGAACCUCAUCGCCCAGAAACUGGAAGGACGAUCUGGGAAGAGUUGUCGAUUGAGAUGGUUUAACCAACUGGACCCAAGGAUUAACAGAAAAGCUUUCUCCGAAGAGGAAGAGGAGAGGCUAAUGCAAGCUCAUGAAAUUUAUGGUAAUAAAUGGGCUAUGAUUGCAAGGCUUUUUCCUGGACGUACAGAUAAUGGUGUCAAGAAUCAUUGGCAUGUUGUAAUGGCUAGAAAUUGUAGACAACAUUUUAGUUCUUACAGGAGAUCAUCGAGGAACCUCGCUCACUCACUUUCAAUUGCUUCCUCCGCCCUUCCUACGCCCUCUCUUCUUCCCACAGCUCGCUCCCUCUCACGUCCCAAUCACUUGCCUUUUCAUCUUCUCCCCAGGCCUGGCUCAGAAACAAGCAUCGAAAUGGAAGUUAUAUCAUCCUACAGCUGCAACAAAACGUGCUCCAAUCAUGAGAAUCAAACUUGCAAUAUACAUUAUCGUCUACCAUAUAUCAUGACCGAAAUGCAACAAAGGACAACCUACAAUUACAACUCUCAUUGCCAAAUUCCAAAAGCAUGGGAUCACCAUAUUAUUGGAAGCGAGGGAUCAUCAUCAGUGAGCGAGGAAAACGGAGUUGGCAAUUCAGACGGCACGGUGGUAGUCGAACCGGCGUUUAUCGACUUUUUAGGAGUAGGAGGCAGAUGAAAGGGUGUUUUGAAAACCCAAGGAAAAAAAGAAAAAGGAAAAGAAAAAGAAAAGGGUGGCUUCUUUAUUAUCAUUAUUUUUUUUUGGUUGCAAAUUGCAAUCAUCAGAAGUGGCCUGAUUGUGGGUGUGGUCCAGAGAUUUUGAAGAGGCCAUAACAAGUAAUUGAGAGCAAAAGUAAAGAGGAGAUGAUUUGAGUUGGACUGUUGGAGUGGUGAAAAGAUAUGGCAGUCAGUGCCAUUGAAAGCGCUUUAUGAAUAUAUAUAUAUAUAUAUAAUCCCAAAACUCAAACCAUCAUUUUCUUCUUUUUCUGCACAUAAUGAAUGUGAUGGCCAGUGGCUUAUAUUCCCAAGAUUAUCCAUUUCUUACACUGUUCAUCAUUUUUGAUAUCACCCAUUGCACUACCUUA